GCACAUGGCCGAUCGGAUGUGUCGCAAGAAGCUUUGAGCUUGUUUGCGUUUGUUUUUCUUUACGGGAGAGCAAAAUGCCGAAAGUAAAAGCAGCUAAGAAGAGCAGAGAACAUGGGCAAAACAAGGUGUAUCAACAAGCUCUACAGUUCAAAACGGAGCAUGGGCAACAUAUUCUGAAAAACCCUCUCGUUAUAACCAGUCUGGUUGAAAAGGCUGGCUUACGAUCCACAGACACUGUUUUGGAAAUCGGUCCCGGAACAGGGAACUUAACGGUUAAGUUAUUAGAGCGAGUAAAAAAGGUUAUUGCUUGUGAGGUGGAUCCUCGCAUGGUGGCUGAGCUUCAGAAAAGAGUGCAAGGAACCUGACUUAAGUCUUUAUUUUUUACCAUGGUUGAUUUUUCUUAGACUAGAAUAUGACUUUCUAUGUUUAUUUUGUUGGCCUGUAGAUGUGCAGUUUUGAUGUUCCAGAGGGAGUUUGCCCAACGUUUAAUCGCUCAACCUGGAGACAAAUUGUAUUGCCGGCUGUCAAUCAACACACAGUUGCUAGCCAGGGUUGAUCAUCUGAUGAAGGUUGGGAAGAACAAUUUCCGGCCUCCUCCAAAAGUCGAGUCCAGUGUUGUGAGAAUUGAACCCAAAAAUCCACCACCUCCUAUUAAUUUUAAGGAAUGGGAUGGUCUUGUGAGAGUCGCGUUUGUACGAAAAAACAAAACACUAAAUUCAUGUUUCAGUUCACGAGCGGUCGCAGAAAUGUUGGAGAAAAAUUACAAGAUUCACUGCUCGUUAAAUGAUAUUAUGGUAGAUGAAGGAUUUGAUAUCAAAGAGAAAGUUCAAAAGUUGUUAACAGAAAAUGGAUAUGACAAGAAACGAGCACGCACAAUGGAUAUGGAUGAUUUUCUCGGUUUACUUCACUUAUUUAAUUCCAACGGUAUCCAUUUUACGUGAUGGUGUCGAUGGUGUCUGAAGAAUAUCCGUUUUAAUUCCUGUACAUAAAUAGCAAAUAUUCCGCAUAUGAUUUUAAACUGCUAUUUUUGGUUCAGUCACUGAUCUCUUUAAAUACUCAGGAAGUAUUGGUGUUUCGUUGGUUUUCUCUAAUCAGCUUCGAAUUUCUGGUGAGGCCAACAGAAAGGAACAUACAUUAUUGAUAAGAGACAUCUUUGUUUUUGGAAAGAAAAUAGAGAAGUCUCGGGCUACAGCGAUUGAAAACUCUACACACAAUGUUUAUAAAUUGAAUAAAGAGAGAAGCCUUUGAAAGCUUUUGUAAGUUUUUCAUGAAGAAGAGCGCGGAGACUUUUACAUUGACAAG